AUGGCUCCCAAAAUAUCUUUCAAUCCGUACGAAGUGCUUGAAAUAGAGCGAGGGUGCUCGGAUAAGGAGUUGCAAAAGGCCUAUAAGCAGCAAUGCUUACGGUGGCAUCCUGACAAAAAUCUUGGCAAUAAAGAGGAAGCGGAGAAAAAGUUCAUUAUUGCUAAGGAGGCUUUCCAAUUUUUGUUCGACAAAACCAAUCGGGAUGAAUAUGAUCGAGAUUUUGAACGGGCCAAGUUCAGAGAGGCAAAUCAGAGAGCCCGCAUGGAGAAGGCAGAUAGUACCAGGAGGAAGCUUAUCGAUGAACUACAUCAGAGAGAAAAGGAGUUUGCCGAGAAACGUCAUACUGACGAGCCAUCUCACGCCCGCGCAGUUGCAUCAGAAGCGAAGAGAGGAGGAAAAGCGUAUCCGUUCGGAAUUCGAGCGCCUACGUCAGCGUCUUGA